AUGUAUUAUCAUUUUUUUGCAGUUUUUCUUUUUCUCAGUGCAAAUCCCGCUUAUUAUUUCGCUCGGGUCGGACAGCUCGUUACCGUCCCCUGUGUCUUCAAUUGGAAACUCGAAAGCACCGAUGAUGUCCGCGGGUUCAGAGACAACGCGAGCGGGGGACUGAUCGAGCUGUUCCCUGGUGAAUGCGGAGAUCCGGGCUCCCAAUGCAGAAUCACCCGCACCGUAGAGAGCAAUGGAGCCGUCACGCUAACAAUCGGGGACACACAGAGAAACGAUAGCGGGCGAUAUUACUGCGCUGAAGAGAGUGGCAGCUCUCUGAGAUUCUCAAACGAGUCCGUUGUGAUCGUGUCUGGAGAUGAUUCCUCUGUGAAUCAGUCAGUGUCUAUCCUGGCCCCCCUGGCUGUCUCCGGCAGCGCGCUCGAUUCCAAGGCGACCCUGACAUUAGUGUGUCGAAUCCGGGGGCUCUCCUCGCCCUCGGUCCGGGUCCGGUGGUUCAUUUCCGGUAACCUCGUGGCGGAGGGAACGCCGAGCUCCGGGAUCAAAGUGAAGGAGGGCGGAGAGGGACAGGGAGACGGAGAAAGCUACCCCGCUACAAGCCGCCUGACAAUCCAGAUGGAGACGUGGAGAAGCGGGGCUGAGUGCGCAUGCGAAGCGCAGUUGGACAGGAACACUUCUAUCCACAGCGGGAAUGUUUCAUACGCUGGGAUUCACGGGGCGGGUCUGGUUGCAGAGCGGUGCCUGGUUCAGUACGCCGUGUUCUCCGGGGUCUCCCUCCUCGCUCUCUCCGCGGCUCUCUGCGGCUGCGCGCUGUGGACCCGCCGCCGCUUCAAAACAGCGUCCACUGAAGACUCCACACAUGUAAUUUACAAAAGGACCCCCGGCAGCGGAGAUACAAAGAGGAGAGAUGAAGAGGACAGUCUGGUCACCUACACGAGCUUGGAGUUUGAAUCCCAGAAGAAGAACAUCACAAAGAAGAGACGCAUAUAAUAAUAAUAAUAAUAAUAAUAAUAAUAAUAAUAAUAAUAAUAAUAAUAAUAAUAACGAAUCCUUUGGAGUAGAAUGUUUGAUUCUAGUUUUGAUACACCCCCAACAGCGCCUUGAUAUAAUUUUUCAACAGUAGUUUAUUUUUUUUAUUAUUUUUUUCUUGCUUGCUUGUGAUUUGUGAUGGAUGUAAAGUUCAAUCGAUUAAUAUCUGUUUAAAAUGAUCAUUAUCAGGGGAAGUCUGAUGGUCAGCUGUCCUCAGACCUGAUUCCUCACCUCCAAGUUUUGAAUCGUUUUCCAAUUUCACUUCACCGCUACAGCGCUGGCCAAACAUUUUGCAACACCCUGUAGAAUUAACCAAUUUUGCUUCAUAAAGUCGAAUGAAACCGGCUGAAUAAUGAAUCAUAUUUAAUUACACAUCACUUUGUUUUUUUUCCCCCAUAUAAACUGACAAAACUGUGACAUUUCAAAAUCUAACAUGAAAUACUGUACUACUAUUAUGGCUUUCU